CGCCCCAAUGCCCAACUCCGGGAAAUCCGUAACCGUACGCGGACCCCUCGCAAGCACCAUGUCCGACCUGGAGCUUUCCUACCGCGUGCUCGCCCAACCAGAUCCAUCAACCUAUCCCUCGUCGCUCUUCUCUCCACCACGCAAGUUCUCAGCCCAGCGCAAUAAAGUGCUAGGCGUACACAAACAAUGGAUCGACCGCUCCGACCCCAUAGUCCAAGACUCGUUCUAUCAAGCCCUCAAAUACUUUGAACACGAACUCGGUUACAAAGUCAUCGACAUAUCCAUCCCCCUACUCACCCCCGGUCAACUCGCCCACGCAAUGACCAUCAUGGCCGAAGGCGCAGCCGCCCACCGCUCCUCCAUCUACGCCCUCACCCCCGCAAACCGCAUCCUCAUGAGCGUCGGACGUCAAACUCCUGCUACUGACUUUUUACUUGCCCAACGCCUCCGCAACCUCAUCAUGCAGCAUCUCGCCGACCUCUUUCGCAGCCACCCAGGCCUCGUGAUUGUUACGCCUACAACGCCGAAUGCGGGCUGGCCAAUCGAUGAGGCGGAGCUCUCGCAUGGCGUUACGAAUGGCAAUAUGCAGAUUCGCAAUAUGGAGUAUGUGUGGUUGGCGAAUUUUACCGGUGUGCCGUGUAUUCAAUUUCCGGUCAAUUAUGUGCAGGGUGUCAAGGGAGAGGGGCUGGUGCCGAUUGGGUUGAGUGGACAUGGGGAGUGGGGGAGUGAGGAUGCGCUGAUUGAGUUUGGGUUUGAUGGCGAGAAGUGGUUGCAUGAGGCGAGGGAGGGGGGAAGAGCCAUGCCUGAGGCGUGGGUUGAUGUGUUGAAGUUUUGA